AUGAACAGUAAACAAAAUAAGAGAAUGAACAACACGGAACAAAGGACGGGCAAUGUUGCCGCCUAUUUUCAAAAUAUUAUAAAGAAUUUAAUACAAACUAAUGACGGCACCCGCAGCUUCUUCUUAAGAACUACAGACUGCCACGACCAAGCGGCACCAUUCGAUGAUUCACAAUAUACAACAAUUUCAAUAACGCAUUCAGACCAUGACAUAUCACAGAUUACAGACGGAUUUUUAACAUUCAAGAUUAGACAGAAAGAAUAUUUUGUAGGUUUGAAUACAGCAUUUAAAGAUAAUGACCCACACCAUUUGUUUAAAUCAUUCAUUGGCUUAAAAUCUUCAUCUCAUAUAAUGGACCCGUUAUUUAUAAAGAAUCGUAAUAAAUCGACAGGAUACACACAAAACGAGAUGGUAAGAGAGGGUUUCGCAUAUUCAACACUUAAACCACAUAAUGAAAAGAAAACAAAGAAAUAUACACACUCCUUAUAUGAGAACGUGGAAAAUUAUAGUGAGUCGGCAGCCGGUGUGUUCGUUAAUUUAGCAGAUUAUGCAGACGGUAAAGAACACGUUGAGGAAUAUGAAAUAAAUAUACCAUUUGAUGAUAUAUUAGCACUUCAAGCAUUUGACAUGUUCCCUAAUUUCUGCAUUGGUGAUAUUGAACUUAAAUUUUACAUUAAAAAGAAAGGAUUUGUUUAUGCUCUAUUGAAUCCAGAAAAGGUCAGAGAUUAUAAAGCAAUUAGAGAAGGAGAAGAUUUGAACGCUACAUUUUCAACAACUACGGGCGCUGGAUUUACUCACGCAUUUUCACAGGUUAAUAAUCCAAGUUACGGUUUCACAAACGUGAGCAAAAGAACUGAAACAAUUGGCGGGCAAAGUGUUGACAUUUACACUCCAGAAAGCGGAGAAGUUAGGUAUAUCAUGACUGGCUUAAGUGUUCAGUCAUUGAAGUCUAACAUGUAUGGUUUCAAGAUUAAUGAAAAGGCUAAACAGUCAAUUUAUAAUUUAUUUAAACAGCCAGUUUACAUUCCAUCGCAAGAGUUAAAUUAUAAUGCAUUUCCAUUGGCAGCAACUCAGGCAGGUAUACAAUCAACGUUAAACAUUCCAUUGGAUAACGUAACGUGUUUUUCAGUGAUGUUCUCCAAACAUGAUAACGAUUAUACCGUCUUUGAAAACCCAAUUUAUGAUAAUUGCCAGCUAACCGUUAACGGUCAAAACAUACCAGCUCAAGUGGUUAGCACUCAGGGCGCUAGAUUCUUACAGUAUCAAUUAAUAGCAGGUGAUUUAUCUAAUGGUUUAAGAUGUACUAAAGAAUUCGAGGACUCCAUCACAAUGAAAAAGAACGCAAGCGAUGGCACAUGA